AUCCCCCACUCUCUCCCUCCUAAAAUAUACAAACAAACCCAAACCCAUAAACCCUCUCCGGAAACCAUGAAAUCUUUGGGUGUCUGAAAGACCAAGAGAAAUGGGUGCAACAGCAGUUGGGGAAGAAGGAGAAGUGAGAGUGGGAAGCAUAGUGUGGGUGCGCACAAAAAAUGGGAUAUGGUGGCCAGGAACAGUCAUGUCUGAUCAUCACCACUUUCCUUUUACUGCUUCUAGAGCUAAAAUCAAGCUUCUUGGCCGAGAUAACGCCUCCGUGGAUUGGUACAAUCUGGAGAGCUCUAAGCGCAUAAAAGCCUUUAGGUGUGGAGAAUUUGAUGAAUGUAUUAGAAAGGCUGAAUCUACAAAGGCAUUGGCUUCAACCAAGAACCUCAAGUAUGCCCGUCUUGAAGAUGCCAUUCUUUGUGCUCUUGAGCUCGAGAGGCAGGUGGUGCAAAACAAGCUUAAAAGGCCAGGGAGUGAUAUGCAGCAAGAAUCUUGUUCCAGGGCGAAAAGAAGCAAGCGCGUCUAUUUUUCCCUUGAAUCAAGAGAUUGUAUGGAGCAAUCGUCGAAGGGAUCACCAAACCCUUUCCAUGCUUCUGCUAAAAGUACCCCUGAAUCAGUGAAAUCAGAUUCUUCUGAGAGUGAGAAUGAAGUACAAAUGACAAGUUCAAAAGCGCCAUCAGAUAUAUAUGUGAAGCGACAUAAGAACGUGUACAGAAAGAGCCGAGGUGGAAUCAGAUACUCCUCUGAGUCCUCUGUUGAUGACAAGACUGCAGGUUCUGCUACGCUGAAAAAAUGCAAAACGAAAAGGAAACUGAGUAUUCAACAGGUUUGCAGGAGGCCUGUGGCUCGAGAUGAUGAUAGGAGUUGCGUCUUAGACUACAAAGGAGCUGUCCCUGCACCCCGCCAAAUUUUUGGAGGCAGUUAUUUGAGAGAGAAGAACGAAUGCCACUUUGGUUCAGCGUUUUCCAGAGAUGCCAAGGAAACAUUGAUAGAUGUGGAGAUUGAAGUUCUAGCUAGCUACAGAGAAGUGCAUGUUCCCCUUGUCAGUAUGAUGAGCAGAUUAAACGGAAAGGCAAUUGUAGGGCACCCCGUUAACAUAGAAGUGCUAGAAGGCACGGGAGAAGCUCGAGUUCUAAAGAAGAAUCUUGGUGAGGAAUUGCUCCACAGCCAUUUGAGUCGAACAUGUCAACUAGUUUGGAAAACUUCUAAGAGGACUCCUGUCAGUUAUUCGCCUCUUUUGCCUUCAACCUGUGAGGACAAGAAGAUUACUCGAGCCUGUGAAAGUUUUGGAGGCUUGACUUGCUCAGCAAAGAUAAGCGAUCUGUCUAAAACAGCAGUUCCUGUAAAAUCAUUGAAAAAGCAGCAGAUUUCAAACAGGUCAAGAAAAGUCUUCCACGCUAAUAGGUUGAGGAGCGUUGGCAAUCCAGAUAAUCUGCAGAGUGGCAUGAACGAUGGGGGGGUGUACAAAGGAGAAGCUAUGCUGCCAUCUGUUGCUUGUGUCCCGGUGAAGGACAUUUUUGGUAAAUUACUAGCUGCUGUUAGUAAGGCAUGACAAUUGACAAAACCAUGGAACUAACAUAGGAAUCACAUCAUGUUCUACAGAUGGGUUUAAACUAGAAUAGCUUUUGGUAACUAAACAUAGGGAGGGUUGUGCCUGGAUUGAAAUCCCGAUACGCAUAUACUAAAGACAGUAGCUUUUGUGGAUAUUACUGCUGAUUAAGACUCUUAGAGAAUAGCUAAGGAUGUAGAUUGACAUAUCUAACUAUGUUGACUAGUGAAGAUCACUAAACAUAGAUAGCAAUGUGCAGUGGCUUGUUAUCCUUGUCUGCAUUCUGAUAUUAAGUGCCUGAUUGGUUUAAUGGCAGAUAAGUUGUAAUUGUUUCCUUGUUUAACUUGAUCAGAAUGUAAUGGUUCCUGAAAUAUAUUCUCUACUGAUAAGACUGCAAA